AUGUCUGGCCGACCCAGCCGUGUCGACAGUGACCGGGGCCGCCCCGAUGGCUCCAGCGAACCGGCCCGCCACGGCUGUGGCAGCGAACGGGGCUUCCUCGAUGGCGGCAGCGAAGCGUCGUCCUCCUCGCCGAGUUGGCCUCGCAGUGCCUGCUGGCGUAUCCGGUCGCUUCUUUGUUUCUUCCUCCGCCUGGGCAUGCUGGUUAUGUACGCUGUUGGGUUCAUAACUUUCGCCGUGGCUCUCACCCUCUUCGUCGUCCUCUCUGCCUGGUCGCGCGAGAUCAUCUGCCUGCUCCUGGAGGCGCUGGAGAUUCUCCCGCGUCCGAGGACUUGGUCCUCCCACGCACCAACCUCCGCCGACACUCAUGGCUACAUCCAAGUCUGCGUUCAAAUGUUUGCAACCCGGCUCCGCGAGGAGACGUUACCAUCCCCACCCCUCCGCCCGGCCUCGACGACUUACCGGAGGUCGCCGUCUCCUGGCCCGGAAGACGAUUCGUCAACGGAAGACGAUUCUUCAGCGGAAAACGAUUCGUGGGGAGAUGCUUGGUUAGAGUGGGGGUCGGAGAGUGACACCCUUUGCGAGGACUGGCACCACUUCCCGGGGCGCUGUUGA